AUUGUUGACGCUGCUCCUGGGAGCAUAUGUCUUUAGCUACCUGUUGUCUUCGGGCCGUUUCUAAAGGAAUUGAUAAGCUGUGAAUGCAACCAAUUUUUGUGAUAUACCCCGGGUUAUAUCAGCGGAUUAUGUUAUUAUUGGUGUUGAGAACCACAUUACUCCCCGAUUCAGUUUCCUGACUUUUACUGUUCUCCAUGGAGGAACGAUGGAGUAAAGAAUCCUGAGAAUUCAGAAAGUGAUACGUCUUUACAAAGGAAAAGUACCUGUUUGUUACUGGCUUACAUGUAGCUCUGGUUCUGAAUCUUUAUUUUGAAGUUCAGGAGCCCGAUCUUGGAAGUCCAAGGACCCUUGCUCUUCGUAUGUUUUGGGAUCUUUUGGGAUACCAGAUAAGUGAAUGGAUAGAAGUUUCACAAGUUACAUGAUAUACUGGCGAAAUACUCGGAAUUACGUGCAAGAUAUACAAACAAUACUAUGCUUUUCCAUUCUAUGGGAUUUAGCUGAUUUUUGAAUAAUUUUGUUGCAUUCGUUUACUUCCAUUGCAGGAUAAUUAGUUUUUCAAUGGAACAAUAUGAGUGGGGAUAAUGUAGCGAAACAAGGGCUUGCAUGCGGUCCCAUUGAUAAGCGUCAUUCCAUGGAGGCUAAACAGACUUCAUGCCCAGGCAAAGGGCAUCUUGAAAAUGCUCAAAGCAAAGGUUUGGGAGAUACAGGAACUUCACCGUCUCCCAAGUGUCACUGCGCGGGAAGCAAAAAGUCCACAGGACAAACGAGCAACACCGACAAUCAAGAAAGUAGUUCCUCUGUGAUAAACAAAGAAACUCGAGGAACGUGUGGCUCAAUGAACAAAAAGGAAGAAAAAGUAGAAACGUCAAAAGUAGAGAAAAACAGCUCAACGGGAAAAGGCGAUGAACGGUUAUGUAAUGCCGAAAAAAAGAACGACGAAGCUGCACCUCCUACGGAGGGAAAAACUGAUCAACAAACCGAUGAUGAUGUCGUCGGCGCAAUGCCACCAAAGACUGAGAGCGGCACAAAUGGCCCGAAAGAGAACCACCACAAUGGUGAGCAAGGACGUCAGUAUACGAGGGCAUUGAGUGCCAAGGUGAAGAUGAGUAUACGAGUUGACGAAUCGGAACCCGACUGGGACACAAUUGACAUUCCGUUUGAAAAACGUGAGGUGACGAUCAAGAAACGUUGGAUUGACAAGGAGUACGAUGUGAAGGAAUUCCUUGGAAGCGGUAAAUUCGGUGAAGUCAAGGCGUGUGUUGAGAAGUCGACGGGGAAGGAUUUCGCGGCCAAGUUUAUCAACACGUACACCCAAGAUGACAAGAAGGGUGUCAUGACGGAAGUCGAAGUGAUGAAGAAACUCCAGCAUCCCAGGUUGCUGCAGCUGUACGAUGUGUAUGAUUCCUCCGAUAAGCGGAAAGAGAUGUGCCUCAUUUUAGAAUUAAUAUCUGGUGGAGAGCUGUUUGAAAGAGUUGUCGAUGAUGAUUUCUUUCUCACAGAGCGUGCUUGCAUGAUGUUCGUGAAACAAAUCAUAGACGGUGUAGCCCACAUGCACAGUGUGAAUGUAUUACAUCUAGAUCUGAAGCCUGAAAACAUUCUUUGCCUGACGAAGAAAGGCAAUGCCAUCAAGAUAAUCGACUUCGGCCUCGCCCAUUUCUACGACCCGAAGAAAAAGCUGAUGGUCCUGGCAGGAACGCCGGAAUUCGUCGCACCGGAAGUUGUCAAAUAUGAAGGCGUCAGCCAUGCGACGGACAUGUGGAGCGUUGGAGUGAUAUGCUAUGUGUUAUUAUCAGGUCUCUCCCCAUUCAUGGGAGAUAGCGACAUGGAAACACUAGGGAAUGUCACGGCGUGCGACUGGUCUUUCGAUUUCAAAGAAUUCGAGGAAAUAUCGGACACAGCCAAAGACUUCAUCUCCAAGUUACUAGUUGCAGAUCCCAAGAAACGCAUGACCAGUGAGGAAUCGAGUAAACAUUCUUGGUUACAGUCAUCAACUCUAAUGCCAGCAGCAAAAAUUGACAAGGCAAGAUUAAAGAGGUUCCUGAUCAGACGAAAAUGGCAGAAGGCGGUUAACGCAAUCCUUGCUUUAUCCCGUAUGGGUGUGCACCUCUCCACAAGGAGUGCACCGGGAAGGGAGAACUGAACAAUGGAUGAUCCUUCAACAGGAAAUAUUGCUAUUUUCUUUUGGAAUCAGUGUUCUAUCACAGGCUUUUGUUCAACCAUGUUGUUCGAAGAGACUGAUUGAGGGUGAGAAAUACCUGCAGUGGUGACCGAGGAAAGUUUACCGGCCUUUUUUCGGACCUUUCCGCGAACUAGACUUUGUUUGCUGUGUGGUGAAGAAGCGCUGCUGACUCCGCAAAUCGGCUAUUUCCCUGGCCUGAGCUAGUUUAUUUGGAAGUUCAAUGUGAUAUACGAAAAUGAAUAUAGUAUGCGAGCCAUGCAAACUUCCAUUAUGUACAUGGAUGGAUAUCUUUUAAAUAAAAUAUCAAAACUAACAUCUUUCAGCGCAAAUUGAACCGGUUGCAGUGCGGUCAUCAAAAGAUACAACGAAGUAUUAUCCUUCCAGGUAUCUUUUAUUUGGUAGCAAUAGGAAGGUGUUCCAACGACGAUUGGUUUUUGCAAUUUGUUUUUAUUAAAGGGAUCGAUCGAUAUUCUAUGGUGUAACUUGUACCUGUCUUGGGAGAAAGUGCUCCUGUGUAUAUUGCACUGGUGUGUGCCUUAUUUUUGAGAGAAUAAUUGUGAGGAAAAAGUGACUCACCGGUGUACAAAGUAAUUUUCAAGAGAUAUUUUUUUCACUAUUUUUGACAUAAUUUCGGGGUGGGCAUUUUGGAAUAAAAUAUAAUGUUUUGAGUGUUUUUGUUUAUUAUGGGGAUCGUUUUUAUCAAAGGUAACGAAUCAUCUCUGUCUACAGGUCAUGAAUGUGAGGAUCUUAAAAAAACUGCUAAAAUUCGUUAUGUUUUGUCGGACACCUUAUCCAUCAUGUCAAGUAUAGAUUCUUUCAUGCAUAUGAAAGGAUUCGUCUUCUCCAUCUUGGAGAUGGUGCUGCUACCUGUGUUUGAAAAUGGAUCUGGUGCUCGCAACAGAGACUGGUCUGCCGCGUACGAAUCUAGCCCAUUGAAAUAGGCUCCGAUCGCUGUACAUCGCAAUUAAUUCAUAUAUCUCUGUGUUUUUUAUAAGAUUUUUCAAGAAAAAAAUAUGUAAACGGGGGGGGGGGGGUUGCCCUACUUGCCUUUCUAUACAUCAUUGCUUCUGUUAUCCAAAAACUAUGUUCUUAUGUUAUUCGGAUUGUUGGAAUAUACCUUAAAAAUCUCUGUAAAUGGACAUUACAUGACUGUAUUUAAAAAAUGAAAAUAAACUGUAUAAGCAUA